ACGAAGAGAAACUGAUUAUUUUCACGAGGAACUAGAGUCUCUUUGAGAGAAAUCCAAUUUCGGCCUUAGUUAUGGUCAAGGAGACGACACUUUACGGUAAAAUUUUGAAUUAACUCUUACUUAGUUAGCUUAGUGUUGUUUUCUUCCAAAAUUUUCGUCCUUAAUGUGGAGAUCGUCAAGAUAAUUAUUCGCCGGGUGUGCUCCGGUCCGCAUGGACGCAUGACAACGGAUCUUGUGAGAGGCAAUUGUAACAGGAAUGUAGAAUUUGAUCCCUAAUUCUUCUUUCAGAAACUCUUGGCGUAGAUCCGUCUGCUACCCCAAGUGAAAUUAAGAAAGCUUAUCGUAAACUCGCCUUGAAGUAUCAUCCGGAUAAAAAUCCAGAUGCCGGCGACAAAGUAAGUAACAUUUAGCCUUGUGCAAUCAGUUUUUCGAGGUUUACUUUUGGGCUUUACUUCUUCACAAUGCACCUUUUUUUUUCAAGAAAUGUGUACCGUAUUCAGUAUUUUUGCUAUUUUAUGAUAGCACAAAAAUGAUUCUAGUCCAGUGUUCCUUAAUUGUAAAUAAAGAUUUUGUUGAUUGAUUAAAAUACAUAAGGACUUUGUUUGCAUCUACAUAGUUUGAUCAAUACAGAUCUAACUCGUAGCUACCAGUGGAUCUUAAUUGUAUGAAGUGUGUACGCUCAUUCGAUUUAUUAUCGAAAAACUACGCUGUAAUCAGAGUUAAAUCUUUUUAAUCCUCUUUAGUUUAAAAGGCACGUCUUGAUUAUCCAAUUGUAGUGCGGUUAGCUACGACUUACAGAUGUGUCUUUUCAUGUGUAAGCAGUUCGCAUUAAAUUUGGCCGUUGCAGAAAUGAAUCUUUGACUGCGCAUUACAUAUUCUUCUAAUUUAAGCGUUGAUUAAAUAUUUACGGUAGAGGUAUGGAUAUUUUUUGAAACUGUUAGAAAUGUAUUUAAAGUGAAAUUGCCGAGAUAGCUUUAUCAUACUCUAAAGGCUUGUGUGUUUACUAGAAAGAAUAUUUUUAACAACGAAACCAUCAAGAGAUUUACAGCAUAAGUCAAACAAUUUUCAGUUUCAUGUUUGAAACUUAAUUGUCUGACUUAAAAUGAUAUUUGUAAAGAUGCUUGUCUGCAGAUAUUAUCUACCACAGAAGGGAAGCUGAAAACUCUGGGUAGUCUUUAGCUUGCCACAUUCUGCUGGUUAAAUUUAUUCUUGCCAGCCGUUUUGUGAUGUUUUAGUUGAUCUCAAGAGACAGUAAAUAAAAUAAAAUGAAAGAUAAUUAAAACUAGAAGGAGGCCAUUUAAAUGUAAACUUAAACAUGUAGUGACUGAGGAGCAGCAAUUUCUGCUUCCCAAAAACUGCAAGAUAUUCACCUUUCCUGUAUUUAUGUACAAGGCAAUGUUUGUGAGGGGUGAAUUCAUCUCCAUAUACAAGAGAUGUUUUCUUAACACCUGAGAGGUUUUAAUUUUUUUGUCAUAGCAAUGGUUAAUCUUAAUGUGAAACAAAAAUGGAAAUUGUUAAAUGUGCACAUAAGAGUACAUGGUUAAUGUUCUGAUUACAGCCCAAAUGACCCAUAGCUUCUGUCACUGUUGCAGGAAAUAGCAUUCCAAAAUGUUUAAGAUCACUUCUUAAGUAAAUUAUACUGGGCUCAGUGCACUCAUCAUUUUCAAAAUAAUUGAGUCCUAGACAUAGGCAAAUGUGUAAACUUGCUCCACACAUAUUUUUACUGUUCACAUUUGCUAUUGCCAGACAUCUUGUUUUUAUAGGUAAUCACAUGAUUUUGAGUCCAAUUUGGAAUAAAUGAGCACAAGUAAAUUUUUUGAAAGACUAAUUGCCUGUAGAGCCUGUAGAAGCAAAGCACGCACAUCAAGUGCAAAAAUAGUUUCUUCAAACUGUGGGAGUGACCUUGUCACUCACUCAUGCUCAUUAUGCCGUGUGGCACGUAGGGCGGCAAAGUGACCUUGCGCAUAUGGUCAAAACAACUGUGUACAAUCAAAACAAUAAUAUAUGAUGAUAUUUUUAGCAUUUUAAGGCACAAAAUUGUUCAAAGUCUGGCUAAACAGUUCAAGGAAUUGUUCAGUCUGGUUUGUUACUUCUUUGCACUGAACUAAUGCUUUUCUUCAUUGAAUUACCUGAAAACUGCAUUUAUCUUAGCCAAUCAGAACUGAGUAAUUUUUCAUAAAUUAUUUGUUUAAUUGAAUGAUUUAGUUUGCAAGUUAAUCAGUUGAAUGGUCAUUGUAUGAAUAGUUCUUUUUCAAUCAGGUUUAUUUUCAAAUAAUUAAGAAUUGCUGCAGCCUAACCUCCAUGCUCAUUUCACAAUAUUUAGCAUAUAUCUUAUAAAGAUGCAUUACUUUUUUGUAUCUAGAAAAGCAAGACAUUGUGACUUAUUCAAUUACACAAUAGGGUAAAUAAAACUGUGCAGCUUUGGACUGUUACUGAGUCAACUUUUUAACUCUUAUGGGUGACCAAAACAGAAUUUCUCCCUACAAUAUCAAUACAAUGUUAAGCAGACAGGUGAUGAGAAUUAAAAAAAUAUGUCAAUUUGCUGAUUAUUAGUUGAUCCAAUAUCAUUUUCUCAGAACUAACAUUAGAAGAAUUGUAUGAAAGAAAAUAAGGAGAAUUACAAAGGAAAUCUGGGAGUGAAAGGGUUAAUCUUGAUAUAACUCAGAACUUAAUAAAUUUCAGGUUAUUAUGACAUUGCUAUUCAUGAUAGUUCCUGUUUGCAUCAAACUUUGUGGUUUGGUUUUGGUUUUGAAAAAUUAUUUAUCUUAUCACAGGUUAUAUGCAUUCAUAAAUGUAUGCACACAUGAGUUUUAUUCAAAGCACUUCUAAAGGAAUUACAAAAAGAAUCACAUAAAUGUAAAGAAUGCCUCAAAAAUGGAGUGUUUAUGGUGGAAUCUUAAAAUAAACUCCUCAAAGCAAUAGGAGGUACUUAAAACCCACUAAAAUUGAGUGCCUGGGAACUGACUUGGGCAGAUUGUUCUAAUGGUUGACAAUCUUAACAGGUUGAAGAAACAAGGAUAUCUGUGUAUGGGAUGCAAAUUCAUUGAACUAUUUUAUUGAUUUUUUCUACAGUUUAAGCAGAUUUCCCAUGCCUACGAAGUAUUGUCCGAUGAAAAGAAAAGGAGCAUUUAUGAUGAAGGAGGAGAAGAAGCUCUUAAUGGUGGUCCGGACAUUGGUGGGUUCCAUUCCCCAAUGGAUAUUUUUGACAUGUUCUUUGGCACAGGGCAUGGACAUCCCAGAGCACGUCAAGAACGUAAAGGAAAGGAUAUGAUACACCAGCUCAAGGUACACGUGGCUCACUUAAUCAUGAAAUUUCAUCCUGAAAAACGUUUUCAAAAUGUGUUUAGCUGUUGGCAGGAUUUGUAUGGGUCCUGAAAAAUCUGGAAAGUCAUGGAAUAUGAUAUUGACAUUGGAAAGUGAUUUCAGAUCCUGGAUUGUCCUGGAAAUCUGCUUAACUCAAGAACUCUAAAGAUUUCAGAAUUGAAGUUAUAACAAUGGUAUCUAAAGCAUUUGGAAAACUGAUUUUGAAAUCUUGGGGAUGAAAGGGAUUGAGGUGAAAUUUUUAGUCCUAGAAAAUUCAAUCUAAGUCCUGGAAAAGUCCAUAAAAUUUGUUUCUAAAAGAAGGUACAAAUUUACUGUGAAACUUAGAAAUUGGUGAACUCAAGAAACAUGUGUUGAACCGGGGUUUCAAUAGAUUUUAAGUGGCUGUGGAUGGGGAAAUAGGCAGCUGUGUUGUAAGGUGAAACCCAAACACAAGAGCCUGCCUGCAGGCUAAACAGACCGCUGUUAGAGGUCUGUAGCCAUUUAACUCCCAGAGGUGAUGAACAUGUAACUUCUCCCUAUAAUAUUCACACAUUAUCCAGCAAACAGGUAAUGAGAAUACUCAAAUUUAUCAGGUAGUAGUUGUCAUCUUGAUCUAACACUAAAUUCUCGCAAUUAAUUUAUGAGGAAAUGUGUAGCAGCCAUUGGGGAGAAUUAACAAUCAGAUCUUGGGAGUUAAAGGGUUAAGGUGGUAGUAUACAGCUGGGAUAGAGUUGCAUUGCAAGGAAAAAUUAUUUAGGCACCAGAAAUGGAAAAUGUUACAUGUAGCAUUAUAAAAUAAUUCACAAAGUACGCGUGCUCUGAUUGGCCAUAAAACCAUUUUACAUGAGCGUAUUUAAACACGGUUUUCGUUCCUCUUUCAUUAGUUAUUUUAUAAAAGAAAUGUAAAAUGGUUUCUGUGUUUACAUAGCCUGAUGUAAACACGCGGGAGGUUGGGAGGACAUGAGAUAAGUGUAGGAAACCAUGAUGCAAAGCGGAGAGGUUUCCAGCUUAUCGAGAGUUCUCCCAACCUCCCGCGUGUUUACAUCAGGCUAUGUAAACACAGAAACCAUUUUACAUUUCUUCAUUGUUGAAAGUAUAAAAUGUCAUUUUUAGGCCUGAAAGGUCAGGGAUUGUUUGUGGGGCAAGGGAAACUACUUAAGACACAUCUUUGGAGAACUUGCAAAGUAAAGAAUGUUUCAGUGGCACAAACACUUUGAAAUUAAUUUCUCCAUCACAGGUCAUGAGAUGUAUUAAAAAAAACUGGGAAAGUUCAUGAAAAGCUUGUAGUUAAUGUGUAUUUCUGAUGUUGUGUUCAACUUGUACUGUGCUACCUUUGUUGUGCUGGUACUAGAUGGUAAAUAACUGUAAGCAAACUAAAGUAGAACAUAGAAUAUAUGUAGUGGGUUAUUUGUUCUAACCUGCAAACUCCUAAGAUCUAAUUAUUGAUUCUCUACUCUAGCUGCUACACAUUUUCUUUUAAAUUGAUCACAAGAAUUUGGUGUUAGAUCCAGUUAACAACAUUAACCUAAUAAGUUAGAGCAUCCUCGUCAACUGUUUGCAGAAUUAUUGAAGGGUAUUAUAGUGAGAAACUACUUGAUAAUCACUUGUGGGAAUCAAAGGAUUAAAAGAAGCCUUCAACUGAAGAACAUGCAUUCACUAUUAGUGUUCAGGGCUGGGUUGUUCAAAGCUGGGUUUAGUGUGAAAUUGGAUUUCAGUUCUGGAAGUUUUAAAGGAAAAUUCAGUAUGAUUCUUUUUGUCAACAAUUUUGAUGAUUGGAUGCUCUAUAUAGAGAAGAGAAAAUGAUCUCAGAAAGGCUAUCGAACAAAGAAGUAUAGAAACCCAGAUUAAAAUUUAACCCUUGGUUAGCGCUAAUCAGCUUUUGAAAAACUGGGCCCAGACCUGUAUUCAUUGAGCACAAACUGCUGGGUGGGGUUUUCAUUUUUUUUAUCAUUUCACAAUAGCAAUGUUUUGUUAAUAGUAUUUAAUUCAUGAGCACUCUUUGUACAUUAUAUUCAGUAUACAUGUGCAUUUUUUUCUUUUUUUGCCAGGUGUCCUUGGAAGACAUGUACAAUGGUUCUACAAGACAACUUGCUUUGCAAAAAAAUGUCAUCUGUAGCAAGUGCGAGGGAAGAGGAGGAAAGAGGGUGUGUAUUACUGGUAGAAAUUUUUUUUGAAAACUUACCAUUUCCACAAUAUUUAGAAGUAGUGUUGCAGUAGUGUUCCAUUGAGCUUACUGGGUCACUGAUUUGAAAUUUUAUCAAUUAUGUUAAAAUUAUAAUAAUUUUAAUCAUAAUAGAGAAGGAUAAUUUAUUCUGUGGUAAUAAUUUAAAAGGCAGUCUGAAUUGUCCUACAUUCCAUAUUAUAUUCAUCAACUAAAAAGGUUUCCUAAUAAAAAUUUUGUUUAAGUUGUUUUUGUUGUUAUUGUUGUUGUUUUUUUUUUCCCCUCAAAGUGGUGAGGCUGCUCAUAAUUGAUAAUGGCAGCAAGUUUCAUAAAUCAAAUGACCAAAUGUACUAAUAUUUCCAUAAACCAAACAGCCAAAUAAUAAUAAUACAUGUAAGCGCAUAUUAAACCACACAAAGGCAUGAUUCCUUAGCAUAGAACAGUUGAUAUUUGGAUCAAUUUGAAGGGGGUUGUGUAGAUAAGCAGCAAUCAUAACCAGGAACAUUUUGCUGUUUGCAGGGUUCAGUUGUAAGUUGUAAUACUUGUCAUGGCAGUGGAACCAGGGUCAGGAUCAAUCAAAUUGCACUUGGGAUGGUUCAGCAAAUUCAGACACAAUGUAGGGACUGCAGUGGAACAGGAGAGAGAAUAGCAGGUAAUUGCAUGCUGCACAUAAGCUUGGUGACCCAUGUGGCUGGAGAUAACUGUAGUUUUUCAAGCUGGAUGGGACCAAGAACCAGUUUUUAAGGGUCAAGUGAUGUUAUUAUCCAAUGGAUAAAUGGCUAUCCAGAGGAUAAGUGUUCAGAAAAUGCACAGUGCCAUGUCCACCAUGCCUAGCACCAGUUGUUGAAAGGUUGGGGUAAUGCUAACCACUGGGCAAAUCUCUACUUAGUGGAUGGGGCAGUGCAUUUUUUUUAACACUACUCUGCCGGGUAGCGAUUUACCUGCUGGAUAGGGUUGUCCUCCCAGAAGUAUUGAUCCUCUCUCUGAAUUGAAUGCCAGACCAUAGCAAGUUACCUCUAAGCAUUGUGUCAAGUAUUUUCAACAGCACUUGUGUACUCAUCUAUUUGUGUACCCACCUUAUAAGGGUGUGGAGGGGCACUGAAAUAUUGAGUAUUUUGUAUCACUGCAUUCCUUAAGGGUUGGUUGCUUCCCUUGAGAUUAAGAAUCAUUUUUAUCUCGAAGGCUAAGCACAAAACAGCAGAACAAUUAGAUGGUGAUGUGUUUUUUGUUGUCGAAGGCUAAGUGCAGGAUUUAAGUUUCCAUAAAGAAGUGUGAAAAUCUUUUUUAACUUAAAGCUAAGCUGAAAUCAGUAAAGCAAAUUGGUGGAAUGGUGAUUGUUUCUUUUUUGGUGUGCAGGUUUUAAGGUUACUUACUGAAGAGUAAGAAUUACUUUUGUUGUGAAAGCUAAGCUUAAAACAGUAAAGCAAAUUGGCAGAUGUUUUUAUUAAAAUGUAGGCCAAAUGCAAGAUUUGAGGUUACUUAUAGAAUGUUGCAAUCAUGUUAAAGCAUUGUAUUAUUAUUUGAAUGCUUCAGGAAUGUCAGUAGAGUUGUAGAGUCAUUUUGCUUCGUUGUGUGCUGUUGUUGUUGUUGUCGUUGUUUUUUUUUUCCUGAGAUAUGAAACUAUUACACAGUAAAUCAUUCAACAAAUUAGUAAUAACCACUGCAAUGUGUUCUUUCUGUAGAAAAGGAUCGUUGUAAGAACUGUCAGGGUAAAAAGACAGUCAAAGAACGUAAAAUCCUGGAGGUGCAUAUCGACAAAGGAAUGAAAGAUGGUCAAAAGAUCACAUUUUCCUCAGAGGGAGACCAGGAACCUGGUGUUGAACCAGGUGACAUCAUUAUCAUUCUUGACGAAAAGCCUCAUCCAGUUUUCCGGCGAGAUGACAUGGACCUGCAUAUGAAAAUGGUAUGUUAAUGAUCAUGGCCCGCUGUUCGAGGAGUAGAUAACGCCAUCCAUUGGAUAAAUUGCUAUCUGGUGGAUAGCGCAUUUUGUUUUGUUAACUCUUACCUACCAGACAGCGUUACCCCGUCUUUUUUUAACUGAGCUCAGAACGGGCACAGUUAUGCAGGUUUAAAAGGGUCCCAUAAACUCUUUUUUUGUCAAAUGUUAAUUGUUAUAUUGUGGUGGUGUGCACUUCUUGGAAACCCAUAUCGGUAAUCUUCUGUCACACUCUAAAUUAGAUUAGGAAGAUUGUGCGUUGGAGUCUCUAUACCUAUGUAAUGAUUUCAAUUCUUUUGCAGGAAAUCGAGCUGGUUGAGGCACUCUGUGGCUUUCAGAAAACGAUAGAAAUGUUGGAUAAGAGGCAACUGCUCGUUACGUCUCAUCCUACAGAGAUAAUAAAACCUGGCAAGUAUUCAUGUAACCAGAAUUACGGGCGGGAAUUUUUUUCCGGGGUGUGGGGAAGUUCGAGCGUGGGAAUCAAUUUUGGUCGGCCCCGCGCCAAUUUCCCGCGCAAAAUUUCUUGGUAAAACAUUAGAAACAGUGCUGUCUCGCAAAAUAAGCGAAAAAAUGAAAUGAAACGUUCGCAGAAAUCAGUAAAAGGAGCAAAAGAAGGGAAAAGUUGUGUUAGCUAGCACGAAGUUAGCUCGAAGCGCUUUUCUUGCUUCCCCGCUCUUGAUAACUGCUCCGUGGUAUUUCUUGAACAAAAAAACUUAGUGAGUCAAAAUCUGUCAAUUACUUCUCAAUAACUUAAGCUUUUGGACUUCUGCACUGAGUUGCCACGCGUUCAGUACAACAACUAUCUGCAAAGAUGUGAACUGCUCCAACAAGUAGACAACCUGUUGUCUUCAUUUCAGGCGAAGUGAAAUGUGUUCGAGAUGAAGGAAUGCCAAAAUUCAAGAGCCCAUACGAGAGAGGAUUUCUCAUCAUAACAUUUUCGGUAAGAUCAAGAGCAUUUGUUACGUCAUGUUGACAGUAUGACACUUGAGUAAAUGAUCGCCAGUUAAAUAAGCUCUGUAUUUUUAAAGAAAUUCUCCUUGUCUAUCACAAGAAAUGUGUAGAAAAGAUUAAGGAGGAUAUGCAUACUGAUGUUAGGGUGUUCGUUUUAGAUAAACUUCCCUCCGGAUGGAUUUCUUUCUGCGGGUGAAAUCCCUAAACUAGAGCAGCUGCUGCCUCCCAGAGACGAAAGUCUCGUCCCUGAGGAUGCAGAAGAAGUCGACCUUGUAAAAAUCGACCCUCAGGAGCAAGCAAGAAGUCGUAUGCACCAUGGGGUAAGCGUAAAAAAAGGGAAUCGAGUUUCCACUCAAGCUUCCCGAUCACUGAAUUUCACGCUGCAUCUCUGCGUAUGUAUUUGUAUCUUUGCAUCACUGCAUCUGAACGUCAGAUUUCUCAUAGCUAUUGAAUUUUUGUAUGUAAACAGCCUUUGUUCGUAAGCUUUCUUGAGAAUGGUUCCAUUAAACCGACAUAUGAUCACUUAAAUCGCCCGUUUUAACCUAAAUAUGAUUACCCCAUUCACUGCAACGCUAUAACACGUUUUAAAUAUGUUUCGCGAAAUAGGGUGUGUCCUUCACAGUUGCGUAUUUCUCGACUUCAAGUUUAGCACAGUGGAAAAUACAUGCGGGUGAUUACUUGAACCCUAUUUAAAAUCCAGUUCUUCAGCUUUCUUUAUCUGAUUUUUAUUUGGCCAAGCCUGGUUAAACCUAGAGUACGAGCAGUCCCCCCUGUUUUCACGUGUCAAAAAAAUUGACAAAAAAAACUGAUGUUAGCUCGCCGCGCGGAAGUUUGAGAGAGAGGCGCACAAAAAUUAGGUACUUUACGUGCGCCUCGCCUCCAGAGGUCCAUGUGGCGUGCCAACGUUAAUUUCUUUUUUUUUCAUCUUUUAUUUUUCUGAUUCGCACCACGAACCUCGCCGAAAUGGAGGGACUACCCCCUAGUGUAGAUUAAACUAAAGGUGUUUUUCUGGUGGGAAAGGGGGAUAAGUUUGUCAUCAAGAUGUCAGUUAGAGUCCUUUUCCUUUAGUAAAUCUAACUGCAUGACGGUUUAUUUGCUUUUCAGGGCUUUCAUGACGAUGAUGAAGACUAUGGCCCACCAAGAGGAGGGGUGCAGUGUCAGUCACAGUAAAUUUUAACUCAAAAUUGUUCUCCAGUACACGCUUCAAUAUGAUAUUCCUCUGAUUUAAUAAAAAUGAAAACUUUCUCUUCUCUUGCUUUAGGCUACAUGUAAGUAAGUAGUGUAACAAUGACCCGGACUAAAAAAUGGAUACGUCUGAUUAAUUUAAUAUUCACCGACAUGCAUUUUACGCUCUGUUUCAAUUAUUUUGUGUUUUUUCCAUAGUGAUAAUUUUCCUUUUUGAAAAGUGAAAUGGUUUGUUUUCCAACAUGGCUUAAAAAUGGGUUGCUUUGUACAUUUCUGUUUGCAUUUGUUUUAUGUCGGCCAGGCUUACAGCUGUCCGAAUAGAACGCAGGAGACACGCUCGAAGGAGGAGUCUGACCCCUUCCAGCGUGCCUUCUUGUUCGAAAUAUAACCCAGGCUCUCUCGUGCAUAUACCUUCGUGUUUCCGCAUGUCAGUCCAAAUUACUCGCGACAGCCUUAAAUUGGGAAGGUGCUGACGAAACUAAUUUUAUUUUUUAGUUCAUUUCCCGCCUUUCGCAGUUUGGAAGGGUAUUCUUCCUUAAAUUUGAGGGCUUUUACAUAACUUUUGUUCCUAUAUAAUACAAUAAUCACUAAAAAGUAAAUGAGGAUUCACAUCGUUUUACAAAUAUGUUUUUCCUUUUUUUCUUUCAAACUUGCUCGUAACUUUUAUGUUAGUAUUAAAGGAGCAAUGAUGAUCAGAUUGAGGUAACUCCUAAUUCAGGCGAGGUCAUUUUUUGGCCUUUGUUAUGGAUCCUGGAUCCUCGAACAUCUUUGAAAGAUAUCGAGAAAAAUCAUUAAAUCUGAUUUUUUGAUGCACUAUGUUGAGUUCUGCUUAGAGUAGUUUAGGAAAUAAAAUUUCAUUUACCAAGUAGUUAUAUGUAUUAUUUAUUUAGCUUACUGUCGUAAAUAGAAAUUUAAAAAGGCGAGGUUUCCCUAAAAUGGUUGUUGCAUGGGGCACCUUUCGGCGUGUACUUUGUAAUAUAUGAAAUAAAAAUAAAGUCAGUUUUGAAAUAAC